AUGAGCAGACUCCCUUUCCUCCUCUUUUGCAUUUCCUUUGUUUUCCUUACAGCCGCCUCCCCCGUCACUCAUCCAACCAACCUAACCGCGCGAUCUCCUCCUCAGAUCCCCGCCCACGAGCGCCGCGGCAUCGCCUACAACAACGCCAACCUGCUAUAUCUCUUCGCCCAGCCCGGCUCACACGUUACCUGGCGCUAUAACUGGGACUCGUCAACUGCUUCAUCCCCAACGGCCUUCGAUUUCUCCCCCAUGUUGCAUUCUGUACGCUCCGACCACACAAAAGUCUGGAAGACCAACGUCGAGGCCGUAGUGCAGAAGAACUGGGAAAAGGGUCCAGCAACUUGGGUUCUGGGGUUCAAUGAGCCAGAUAAUUGCAUACCCAACACGGGCGGUUCCUGUAUCGACGUCGCGACUACCGUUGCAGCGUGGAAACAGUACCUUCAGCCACUUGCUGCGUCCAAUCGCAAUGUAUAUCUGGGUUCUCCGGCUGUUACAAAUGCGUGGGCUACGGAUACUGCGGGCCUGGGGUGGUUGGCGAAGUUUCUGCGUGAGUGUAAUGGGUGUAGUGUUGAUUUCGUGAAUAUUCACUGGUACGGUGUCGCCAAUGUGCAGUCCUUCAAAGCACAUAUCGAGGCGACGAGAAAAGUAGCGCAGGGUCGGCCGAUUUGGAUUACAGAGUUUAAGCCUGAGGGGACGGUGGAGCAGAUUCUCUGGUUUCUCGAGGAGGUGAUGCCUUGGAUGGAUGCGAGUUCGGAUGUGCAUCGAUAUGCGUAUUUCAUGGCUACGCCUGGUGAGGGGUUCUUGGUUGAUGGGGAUGGUGGGGCGUUGAGUGAGAUUGGGAGGACGUUUGCUUUCUACCAUCGGCAUUGA